AUGGCCGCGUUGGUGGAAACACUCGCCGACCACCAAGCUCCCAAACUGACCGGGUUACUCGCCCUAGUUUGUAUCUUGGUAGUCGGAUACCCUGCAUCAAGAGUCAUUUACAACCUCUUCUUCCAUCCUCUACGGCGAUACCCGGGUCCAAAACUAUGGGCCGCAACCUCGAUCCCCGCAGGCUUGAAUAUCUGGACGGGAAAGCCGCACAAAAACUUGCUUGAGAUCCACAAGAAGUACGGCAAUAUCGUCCGCAUUGCGCCGGACGAGCUUUCACUCACACACCCGGAUUCGUGGAAGGAGAUCCAAGGACAUGUGAAGCAAGGUCAGCCUGAGAAUGGAAAAGACCCAAAGAUCUACGAUACAAACCGUGACGCAAGUCUUGUCUCUGCUCCUCGAGACAGACACGGGCCAAUGCGCCGUACGUUGGCAGCGGCCUUCUCGGCGCGAGCAAUGACUGCUCAACAGCCAUUGAUCAACGGUUUCAUCGAUCUGUUCAUGCACAGGCUUCGCGAGAAAGGCGAAAGCGGUGCAUCGCUCAACAUGACCAAGUGGUACGAGUGGGCCACGUUUGAUAUCAUUGGGAAUCUGGCUUUGGGUGAAUCCUUUGAGUGUCUUCAAAGAUCGGGCUCACAUCCUUAUGUGGACAACAUACUAAACAGCCUCAAGGUCCUUCCCCUUAACCAGGCUCUGCACUACUUCCCAAUUCCAGCAGCUCUGAGAGAUCCGUUGUUUCUUUUAUUGGCGCCUAAAGAGGUGCUCAAUGGCGAAGCGUUGAUCACCAACUACAGCAAGGCGGCACUGAAGAAACGAAUGUCGCUCGGCUCGGAACGACCCGACUUUGUGGACGCCAUGCUUCAAAAGGGUGGUGAAUAUGUGAGAUGCCACUCUUCCUUAUCACCCUCUGAUGGAUUCUGGGAAAUGAUUGACAACAUUCGGCUGCUCACCUCUGCGGGAGCUGAAACGACCGGUACUACGCUUGUGACAGCCACCUACUUCCUAUGCAGUCAUCCAGAGGUUAUGAAGAAGCUAAAUACGGAAGUUCGCUCGGCCUUCACGAGUGAGGAUGAAAUAGACAUCAAUAGCGUCCAAAACUUGAUUUUCCUCCCGGCCGUCAUUUCGGAAACGAUGCGUCUGCAUCCCGCGGCGCCAGCGGCAUUUCAGCGUAUGACACCACCGGGCGGAUCAGUGGUUUUCGGUGAACAUAUGCGAGAAGGGACCACCCUCGGAAUCUGGCAGUGGGUCGCCUAUCAUGAUCCCGCCAACUUCCUCUAUCCGGACUCGUUCAUUCCCGACCGCUGGCUAAACGACCGACGCUUUGACAACGACAAGAAAGAGGUUUUCCAGCCCUUUUCAUACGGGCCGAGGAACUGUAUAGGAAUGAAUCUUGCAUUCGUCGAGUUGCGCCUCAUAUUGGCCCGUGUCAUUUUCAACUUCGAUAUGGAGCUCGCCCCAGAGUCAAGAGGCUGGGCUGAUGAUCAAGAACUAUUCAGCUUUUGGAACAAGCCUGCACUGAAUGUGUAUUUCAGACCGCGCAAAAUGGAGUGA